AUGUCCAUGCCCGGAUCAGUCGCCAACUCUGUUCCAAACUCGGCCCGAACAUCUCUUUUGGGUGCAAAUAUCAAUUCAUUAUUGUCUGCUCGGAAAGAUCUCCCUAUCCCCCCGCCAAGCACAAAGAUGAAGCAGCUUCAGUGGGACAAGCUUCCUCAACAACAAGCUGCCAAGACUGUUUUCAACGACGAACCACCAGAGCGAGAGAAAGAGAUCAUCAACAAGCUUCAAAUCGAUGGUGUGUGGAUGGAAAUGGAGGAGGACUUCAAAGCGAAACAGCUCGUCAUCAAUCUCAUGGCCCGACAGAAGCAUGCCGAGCUCAAGAGUGUGCUGGAUCCGCAGACGAAGAAACGAGUCGAAAUUCUAAUCCAGCGAGUCAAGCAGCUCCAACCCGAAGAAAUCGCUUUCAAGAUACAACAGUUCGAUCAAGAUCUGUGUACGCAAGGCUUCCUAAGCGAGCUCAAGCCCGUCCUCCCAUCUCCAGAGCAAGUCGGGAAACUGAACGUAUAUCGCAAUUCUGAUGCCGAGGAACUCGCUGGCCUUCAUCCUUCCGACCGUCUCAUGGUCAAACUCAUUCAAAUAGACCGACUAGGGCCUCGCAUAGAAGGCAUGCUCUACAAAUGUGACUUUGAGGAGCAAUGGUCACUGCUUGAUGAGUCUGCACGGAAACUUUCAGAAGCUAGUCAAUCGCUUCUAGAUGCCCGAGCGUUCAAGGAGUUACUCAGUCUCAUCCUUUUGAUUGGCAACUAUAUGAACGGAACGGGCAUCAAGGGAGGGGCGUUUGGAUUCCGUGUCAGUAGUAUCAACAAGAUGGUCGACACUAAAUCCGUCAACAACACUACAUUGCUGCAUUUCUUGGAACGGACGGUCGCAAAACAUUUCCCAGAUAUGGAAACGUUCUUGGACGAGCUUGCGAAGCCUGCGGAGGCAUACCGAGUGAACCUUCAAGACUUGAGAAAGGGGCUGGGAGACUUGCGUGAUGGCCUAAAACGAAUUCGUCAAGAGCUCGCGGAUCAUUAUGCUGAUAUGGACCAGAGCGAAAAGUACGGGAAGCAGAUGUGGACUUUUGUUGGGAAGGCGAAUGCGCAACUGGAAGACCUUACCGAUAGCGUCAACCUCGCUGACACAACGUUCACGGAGGCCAUCAAGUACUAUGGCGAGGACGAAAAAGCGAUGAAUUCGUCCGAGUUCUACGCGGUGUUCAAGACUUUUGUAACUUCCUACAAGAAAUGCAAGUCAGAAAACCAGACGCUUUUGGAGGAGCGACUGGCGGUAGAAAAGCGGAGGCAGGCUGCCGACGAAAUAAAAGCCAACCGACAAAAGAUCUUGGACGAGGCAGGAAGCAACGAAGCGGACGAUGUUCUCGAUACGCUUCUGGAGAAGUUACGCAACGGAGACGCUGUCAGUCGAAGAACAAGGAGAACAAGGGGAGAUGGAGUUGGAGUUCCUGCUUCGCUCAAUCUGGAUGGAGACACGCCAGCUGCAACCGCUGAUGUUGCCAGGGACAUGCUGGCACGAUUACAGUCCGAUGGAUUUGUCACACCGGCGUCACCCACAAUCGGGGUGGCUCAACGAAGGCGGAGACGACGGGAUUUGGCGUCAGAAAAUGAGGACCUGGCCAGCCCAACGACAGAUACUGAAGCAUGA